AUGACCGUCCUCUCCAUCUUGGACCUGCUCCUGGUGAUCCUCUUCUCGAUCCCCAUCAUUGCGAUCUGCAUCCUAAAAUCCUGGCGGUGGCAGCACGGGGACACGGUCGGCUUAGACCCGGACUUCUCGGCUCCUUGGUACAUCUUCUUCUCAGAGUUCUGGGUGAAGCGACAUCGUGGCUACAUCCAGGAGGUCAGACAGGCCGUGCCGGAGUUUCAGCUUAUCUUCCGGGACGACCAGGAAGCGGCGGAGAUGCACCAGGAGCUGCGUGGACCCUAA